UCGCUGUUACGAUGACUCCAACCACAAUUUGACAACUUUUCACGAGAUGGCGCCACCUGCUGUGAUGAUGUUGGUAUUGUUGGCCCUUCAGUUUGUGGCGGUACUAAGCGUUCACAAACAUGAAGAUGAUUUUGGACAACAGCUGAAUUCUGAGCAUAACAUGAACGUCCUGCUGGGAGAGAAGGACACUGAGGAGUUAAAGAAACUAAGUCCAGAGGAGCAGAGAAAGAGAAUGAUGGAAAUUGUAAAGAAGAUUGACAAAAAUGGUGACAAUUACCUUAGCGUGGAGGAGAUUGCGCUAUGGAUUCAGCAUGUCUACAGAAAAUACGCCCUGGAUGACGCAGCGGAGCGUUUUGCUGAAUUCGACACCGACAAAGACGGUGUAGUAUCGUGGGAGGAGUAUAACAUGGCUGCUCAUGACCAGCUCUUUAGUUUGGAUGAAAGUACAAUUCUGGGUGAUCCAGAGCAAGAGUCUCUGCAACACCUCCACCUGAAAGAGAGGAGGCGCUUCAAUUUCGCCGACCAGGACGGGACGCCUGGCCUCAAUGUGACCGAGUUUCUGGCCUUCACCCACCCGUCUGAAGUGGAUUACAUGGCUGAUUUUGCCAUUGAGGAUGUGCUGAGUGACUACGACUUGGAUCAAGAUGGAUUGAUCAAUCUGAAGGAAUUUAUUGGUGACCUUCGACGUGAAGAGGACGCACCUUCACAGUGGGAGGUUGAGGAGACCGUGCGAUUCAAGGACCUCUACGAUCAAGACAAAGACGGUAAGUUGAAUCGAGAGGAGCAACUCCGCUGGAUCGCGCCCAACAGCUACGGCGCUGCUCAGGAAGAAGCUCUUCACCUUAUUAAGGAGAUGGACCAGGAUGAAGACGGGCGGAUCUCGGAGGCUGAAGUCUUGAAAAACCCAGACACCUUUAUGAACAGCGAAGUGACGGACUACGGCAGACAUCUGCACUUGUCACAUGAUGAAUUAUAAUUUCUAUCAAUCUUUAUUUUGUCCAGCAUAAUUCAUAUUAACUUUAAGCAGUGUUAAUGUCAUUGUAACGCAGCAAGACAACACUGCUGAGGGACUUUCUAAACAAAGACAAUGCUCACCGGCAAUGACUACCGUAGGCGUGUCAGAAAGCGAAGUGACAGUCUACUUGUCUUAGUUGCUCACUGACACUCUUCCUCUUUUCAAACAAACGAGCCAGGCGCUGUGUGACAGCUCGUUUCCUGGACCGUUUCACUUGUGUCGAGCAGCCGCCUGCCUGGCAAACCCGCUGGCAUUCGGAGGGGCAUUAAAAAGGUGAAAGGCUUCUCCACAGGAGAGCCACUCAGGAUGGAGUUAGAAUUUAAGGAUGCCUUUUGGGUAAGCUUGUGCCAUGAUUGUAUAUGUGUGUAUAUAAAUAUAUAUGGGGGUGUAUAAAAUAUACACACACAUUCUGUUCGGUUCGAGGAUCAAGUUGACUGUUGAGGACUACAUUUAAUUAGUCACUAAAGUUUUAUAUUAAUGUUAAUGAUACACUCUGCACUGUUUAUUUUAACAGCAGGAGCGUACAAAACACACUAAAAAGAGAAUUCCACUACCUGUAAUGGAAAACUGAAGAACUAAGGUCUUAGUUCUCUCUAUUAUGCAGGUCUAUGUAUAUGUACGACUAACAAAUGUCCAAAGAAAUUGUUAAAUUCUGGGAGGUAUCGUUGAACGGCAUUUUAUUACUAUGUUAGUACAUCUAAUUGAAGAAAGUGCAGGAGUUGGUUCAAUUUUGUAUUAUUCGUUAAGACGACAUCAUUUGUUUCUUUUACAUUUACGGGGUUUAAAACUGAAAAAUUGUUACUGCCCUGCUGAUUUCUGUUCUUUGCCAUCCAUGUGAUGAAUGAAAAAUACAUUUUCAUCAUGGUGAUUACAUUGUCAAAAAGAGGCUAAUAUUUUCAAUGCACCGCACAUGUAAUCACAACCCUUGCAAAAGUAAAAUUCACCUGACAAAUGCAAAUUCAUUGGUCAUUCCCUGUCCUCGCUUGCUAAAAUUAAACAUUACCAUGAAAUCAUUGAAAUUCUUGAGAAAUGUUAUAUUUUGAUGGAUGGAUAAUUGUGCUACUCCUUAACCUAACUAUACUUUAAAUAAAUAAAGAAAACCUGUUUAAAUUGACAAUUCA